AUGAAUAAUACUGUUUCAUAUCAUCCUGACUUGGUUGGCCAAAAAGAAGCUUUGGAAGCAGAUUCUACAAGAUUACCAAUUAGAGUUAGCAUUAACUACAGUCAAAUAGAAGAUAAGUCAGAUUCAUAUAUGUGCUUGAAAAAAGGACAAACAAUAUCCUGGAGAAUGGGCACAGUUACAUGUUCGGAUACAGAUUUGAUGACUCAAACAAAGCUAGAUGUAUUGAAACAAGCAUUUUCACAACUAUCACAAACUCUUUCAUCCCUUUUAAAUGUUACUAGACUAACAAAACCAAUAACAAUCUCAUCAUUUGCGGAUAUUACCGUAGAUACAUAUUCUAUAUUGACAGAUCUACAUAUAACAGCCGUGGUUCGUCCAUUUGGAACUGAUUCUACACUUGCAUCCGCCUUUUCUUGGACUCUAAAUCCAAAAGAUAACAGACCGAUACAAGGAGGAAUCUAUAUCAACCCUACGUGCAUACCUAGUACACUAACACAUGAGUUUUUCAUGACAAUAUUGCAUGAAACAUGCCAUGUAUUAGGAAUUUCACAGAAUUUCUAUGAAAAGUGGAAAAAUCCACAGACAGGAUUGGUGUAUCCAUCUGGACCAGUCCAAUCAUACUAUCUUCCAGGCAUUCCGAACAAAUUAUUUUAUGUUGAAAUCGGACCUUACGCACAGGAGUUUGCAAAACAGCAGUUCGGUGUUGUUACAUCAAAACAGAUCCCUACAGGUAUAAUUCUUGAAGAUCAGGGCGGUUCUGGAACGAGUAUGUCUCAUCCAAAAGAAUUAUACUAUUUAACAGACUUAAUGGAUGGUUAUCAAGUUCCUCCAUCAAGGUUAUCCAAUGUUACACUUUCGUUGCUUAUGGAUUCCGGUUUUUACGAUGUUAAUUUUUCAAUGGCCGAGCCAUUACCUUAUGGAAACGGAAUAUCCAUUAACGGAUCACUUCUAACCAAUUUCACGACCAGGCCACCACAAGAAGUGCUCCCUUCUCACUAUUUCUGCGAAAUAACUGAUUCAUCAGUUUGUACAUUUGAUUUUUUAGCCGGCGCGAAAUGUCCAACCCCUUAUAGAUUGAAUUGCAGCCAAAGUAAUUCAAUUUGCAAGAUAAAAGAAUUUAUUGAUCCAUUUGGCAAAGAAAUCGUCAGUAAUUUGGAUAUGUUCGACUACCAAAUGAGUGCGAUUCCUUUUGCUAAUAUGCAGUGCAUGGAUCAUUCUCUGAACGCAAAUUAUGCAAAAUUAGGAAUGUCAUUUUCAAACAACUCAAUGUGUGCAAUGUCAUCAUUGUAUCCAGGUCCUCUACCAGGAGAUAAAAUACCAGGCUGUUUCAGGAUGGAUUGCGAUGAAUCAAAGAAAUUGUACAUUCACGUUGAUAAACAGAACAAACAGUGCAAGAGUAAAGGUCAGAAGAUCGGUUUUGUUGGAUAUUCUGGUAGUAUUAUUUGUCCAGACCCAGAAAUGGUUUGUAAUAUGAGAGAUUUCUUGGGAUAUGAAAGGAGCGAUCCAGGAAAGUCAACAUAUAAUAUUCGAGACUAUUCAUGGCUUAGCAUCAUGAUUGGAUGCAUUGUUGCUGUUGUUUGCCUCAUUUCAUUCACAAUUUACAUUUUUGUAAGAAGAAGACUCAGAAGAAGACAGAUUAUGCACGCUUUGAGUGAAAACCAGACAACUCGCUUAAUUCCUGAAGAAACAUACAAUGUUUAA